CCCUUUAUAAAACGGGUCUGAAUUGGGUGCCCUCAAAGGUAAAAGAUAUACUGCCAGUGCCAGAGUCCUCUUCUAGGGCUGGCUCUCUUCAAUCUUUUGGAAAUUGCAACCAAAACUUGAUCUUUCUUCCUUAUCUUCUAAUUUCCAUAACCUAUUUUCAAGGUCUCUCUCCCCAAAAUGGAAAGAAGAACAGCACUCUCUCCGAUGUUACUCCUCCUGAUCAUGUCUGUGCAGCACCUGGCACUGGCAACCCCAACAGCAGUGAACACCUUGUCCAAGUACCAGAUCGCAUGCACAAUGUGCUCCGGAUGCGACAACCCUUGCAACCCAGUUCCACCACCCCCACCGCCACCCUCGCCGCAUCCACCACCGCCACCGCCACCAUCCCCCACCUCUGUCAUCUGCCCUCCACCUCCGUCCCCACCAAGCUCCGGCGGCGGCUCCUACAAAUACUACUCCCCACCCCCACCAGCUCAGCCCACCUACAGUUACUACUACCCACCACCAGCGGUUAUUGGUGGCACAGUCUACCCGCCGAAAACUGACAAGAACUUCCGAGCGCCACCACCCCCUAACCCCAUUGUUCCCUACUUUCCGUUCUACUACCACGUCCCUCCCCCUUCAUCUAUUGGCAACUCUCUCGAGUUGAUGGGUUCCUUGGUUUAUGCAGUCACUGCUAUUGGGUUUUCCAUUUUCGUUUGCUUGUUCUGAUGGUAAAUUAAAAAAAACAAAAACAAAAGGUGGAAUAAUGUGACGGAUGAUCCGAUCUAGCCUAGGAAACUUGCAGGUGAGAGAUAGGAAGCGUCCUGAUCUCCAUUCUUCAGAGAAGGAAAUUAAGAAGCAAAGAAUUUCCAGUGUUGGGACUUGGUAAUUCCUUGGAAGUUUUUCAGUAUUAAUUACUGGAGUGAGACCUGAAAACCAGGAAUUCUGACUCAAAUCAGGUAAUCGGCAAUCCCUCUCUCUCUCACUCUCUCUCGAUGUCGUCUGUAAUUUGUCGACAAAUUGUACCUAUAUUUCCAAUAAAUACAAAUUAUUAUGAAAGUAAGACAUCUUUUUGAGGGAUUGUAGUUUAUUUUCCUUAAUUUGGUUGAGUUUGGUGAUGGAUGGACAGUAUGUAUAUAUAAGUUCAGUUCAGUCAACUAGUCGUCAACUACUCAGAUAUGCUAAUAAGAGUCACUGUCCUGAUGAAUUUUGGUAUCUGA